AUGCCAACUCCCACUUUCUCAGCGCGACCGACGCGAAGUCGCUACUCCAGCCCAUUUGCAAAUGGUACCGGAACCUCUGCCUCGGAAUCCUCAAGUACAAUGGCAGAGGCUGCCCCCCGACAGAAGCUUCUCACAGACAUGUGGCACGAACCGGCAAUUGCAGCACCUCGUCCCAGUUUCGCAGAGGCCGGAUUUGAACGAGGGGUUACGGUAGCGAACAUGGCUCCGCUGGGGACUCUUCCAAGCCAGAAAAUCCUGAAGGCUGCGGGGAGAGGUGAAGUUCGGGAUGGACUAGGACGGGUGAAGCAGUCAGAGGCUUCGCCAGCGACUACCCCCGAGACGCCUGAGCCCCCUAUUUUAAAUACACCACGUCGCUCGCCAUCUGCGAGAGUUGAGGAUACUUUACCAUCACCAAAAACACCACAACACCACACAAGCUCACCUCCGAAGGUCGCUGAGAACGCUCAGAAAGAACCCUUGGAUCGAGGCGUCUCCACAGCCGCAUCAGCCGCUGUGUCAACAGCCUCGCAGUCCCCUCUACCAUUGUCCCUCGAGCACAAUCAAAUACGACCGAUGCUGCCCGAGCCAUUCAAACCUGCCUAUGUACCCGAGCUAUCAGAAGAGAUCGAAGACGACGACUCGAUCAUGGUCGACCUCGAAACCACCGACAAGGUGAUUGAGAUUGCCGUGGAAAGAGCUGUUACUUAUCGUCGAUACCCUACCGCAUAUGCUCUUCGCAUUCUCUAUGAUGAUAAUCGAAACGACGAUAGAUUCGUUCGUCUGAUCGAGGCCAACUUCUACUGUACAGCUUCCCACGCACAACGAGAGGAGUUCAACAAGCUCCUGAAAGAGAAGAAGCGAGAGGGCAAGAAAGACCGCACAGCAGAAUAUUACUUUAUUGGUGAUGGCAGUGAUCCUCCACCACGCCCAGUUUUGUCAGCAGUCAGCGCGGCCCUUACCUACGAUUCGCCCGCUGGUGCUGGUGGUAUCCCCGCGUUGAUUGAGCAUUCACAUGGUGCAGUCAAUCCAGCCUCACCGCACGAAUUUGAUUAUACACAAUUGCUCAAGAAACAGAAGCAAACACAUGUUUCACCAUAUCCGCCUAUCUCGGCGGUCUUUGGCAAUUACAACGGACCAAGCCUGGACAAGCCAUACAAGAGUGUUUACAGCAGUAUCUACGCCCAAAAGCCACCUACUCCAACUCAGAAUGGGACACCAACGCCUGUAUCGGCAUCCGCACCGAUUCUCGCUUCGUCUCCUCCUGUUGUCUCUGCCCCCACAGCGUCCAUGACUCGAACUCGGUCAGGCUCCGUUUCCAGCUGCUCUUCUCUGUCAUCGGUAGAUGAAGAUUUUAUCCAGGAAAAUGAGGGCGACUCCCAGGGCUUGCCAAGCGCCGUCGGAGAUGUUCCCUCGCCACGUUCAAGCCGCAAAAAGCGAGCCGUGGUGGUCAUGGAAAACGGACAUGAUCACGACCACCAUGAGGCGAGCGGUGAUGAGUACAUCCAUGACGAGGUCCUCGACGGAGUAGAGAAGCAGCCGGCGGUCGCCAGAGCGUGGAAUUUCUCGGCACGCACCAACAAGAAGAAGGGCAAAAAGAGAAAGGGUAGCAAGGGCACUGGCACUGGCACUGGCACUGGGGGAAAAGCCGCUGCGCAUGCAUCAGCAAGUGCAACGGCACCCGGCGCAGGGCCGGCCAACAAUACCAGGGCUACGCGGGCCAGCUCCAAUUUCGCCAGCGCAAGCGACCACUCUCACAGCAAUCUCCCCAGCUCUCGCAUUUCCUCUCGUCAUUCCACACAGGAGCCCCUGCAACUGCACAACAACCAUCGUCAAUCUUCGACGCAACCACAACCAAUCCCCGCCACACAACCACCCAAGCCCAAAACAGGCCCAAAAACAUUUACCUUUUCCACCGUGCCACGAUCCUCGAAUUCUGCAGCCUCAACACCAACGUCAACGCAUCCUUCCGCUCCAUCUAACAACAAUACCAACUCCAUCACGACGAGGAGAUCAAACAACGCAAACGCAGCCAGUGCAAAUGCCAAAGUUGACAUGGCGCCGGCUCGUCUGGUCCAGGAAUCGGCGCCUGCCCCUACCAAAGCAUCUGAAAACAAUCCUUAUUUCCCCUCUGGAAUUAAGCUGAAGAUUCACAGCAAACAUCGUGCUCCGCUAGAACCAGAGAGCGAAGAGACGAUUCGUCUCAAGCGCGAGGCCAGGGAGAGAACUAAUGGAGCUGUAAUUCAGGAGAGCUUCGAGCGCCAUCAUGUCCAACCGCCUCAGGCCGACGAGACAGCCUCAGAGGGUGGUGAUUUUGUUCCUCUACCCCUGUCAAGACGUCCUACCAAAAAGCGCAUUCUCAACACAAGAGAGACGCGGAAUCGCUACAAUCACGGUUCUGAGAACAGUUCUCCUACGCAACUCUCAUUCCAACCAGAUCUGCCCUUUGGCUCAGUUUCCACGUCUCGUGCUGGUACGCCGUUGGUGGGUUCCCGCCCAACUCGCAAGGCAAAGGGCCCACGAACCAAAACCUCGUAAGUCAUUCAUUCUUCCUGUUUUUCACGAUCAGUUUCUAUCCCUCGAAGGAUGCUGUAUCCAGCCCUCAUUGACUUGGGCACGGUUCCACGACCGAGAGCCAUCCAUUUUGUUGCCUGGAGGUUUGUGUGCGGUCGCACCGUGCAACCGGCCGAAAGUCUCUUACUGGCGGCUCACAGCGUCUUCAUCUUCAUUGCGAAUUAUUUGGAA